UCAGAUCGGACGUUACGUACCGUCGAAUCGUGUCAAAAAUAAUCGGCUGUGGCGUAGGCCGUGUUUACAAAUAGAACAUGAAUCCAAUAUCAGUGAUUUUCAUCCUGCUGAUGAGCGUUCAAUUAUCGGGGGCACAGUUUUUAGAUGCUCUUUUAACUGGUAUGUCAUGGACACUGAAGGAAACAAGGGUUCGCCCAGACACUCUAACAGACAUGCAAUUUCAAGUCGUUGUCAAUGCAUCAUCCGAAAGUUCGGAGGUCCGGGGUACUGGUCUGUGGGAAGUAGUAGUAUUUGGCAGCACCCACAUUAAAGGCCGGGGUAAACGGUUCGACCCACGUGGAAAUCUGUUGACCCCAUCUCAACAAGCUACCCCCACGAUUCCCGGUGGAAGUAUGGUGUUUAAAAAUGUAGUAACACCCUUCCGUCUUUCAAACCUAGGAUGUUCAAAAUACAAAUAUUUGUGUGUUGAAUUCAAGCAGGGUGACGCACCUGACCCUGAUUUCUUUUUCGCCUCCAUGGACUUUGAGGACACCAUCAUCGUGUGCACUAACAUUCCUUGUCAAGAAGGAACAGGACAGAAAGACGUAAUGUUAAUAGCUAUGUCGUGGAUAGUCGAUGCAUAUGUGAGGCAGGGAAUACCCUCUGACGUCACUAUUAGAUCUUCGAUUCAGAUGUCUCCAAACCAUGGUGGCGCAGAAGGGACAGACCUUUGGAGAAUGGGACUGUUUAUAAACUCACAAGAAGACGGAAAGGGAGACAGCCUCCCUCAGCGGCAAGACCAGAUUUUAAAUAGAACAGAAGCUUCGAAGAAUGUUAGGCCAGGACAGAAAUUGAACAUUACUGGUACUGCCUCGAUUGAUCUCACAGGGGUCGGCUGCGGUAAAUACCGAUAUCUUUGCAUCGAAUUUGGUAAAGGAAGAGAUCCUCAGCCUAAUGAUUUUGGUUUCACUCUAGGCUCAGGAGAGUCAUCAGUGAUCUCUUGUAGAGAGUUGUCUUGCCAAGAUGAUACAAGUCGUUCUACUGAGGGCGCUCGUGAUGGUACCGUUUCAGAUGGUACCCUGAAUGAUAAUGGUCGAGGUACUAACGGAACAUAUAAUCGUGGUGGUGGUGGUAGUGGUGUUGUUAGGAAAAAAGGAACUGAUAUGGGUGGAGGACGAUGCGAUGGCGGUAGAGGUGAUAAAGGUGGUAGUGAAAAAAGUGAAAGAAUUGGAGUUUUUGGUGGUGUUGGAAAUGGAGGAGACGGUGGUGGUGAUAGACUAGGUUAUGGUGGAAAUGGUGGUGGUGGAGGAAAUAAUGGAGGUGGGAGAAAUGGUGGUUGUGGAGUUAAUGGUGGACGUGGUGGUGGAAGAAAUAAUGGAGGUGGGGCAAAUGGUGGUGGUGGAGUUAAUGGUGGAGGUGGUGGUGGUGGUGGUGGUAACAGAAGGGGUGGUUGGGUAGGAUAUGGUGGUGGACUAUAUAGCGGUGGAAGAUACGAUGUUGGUAGAGAAUAUAGCAGACGAAAUGAAGGCGGUAGUGGUGGGGGUCGAAGAGGUGGUGGUGGUGGUCGAAAUGGCCGUGGUAGUGGUGGAAAUAAAGGAGGAGUAGGAGGAAAUGGUGGAGGUGGAAUUAAAGGUGGUGGUGGUGGCGGAGAAGGAGGAGGAGGAGGUGGGGAGAGUGCCUAUUUGCGAAAGGAAUUGAGACUAAAUGGUGUUAAAGAGUACUACUGGACUGAUAGCAAGGUGGUGAUAUGCUACCUGAAGAAUGAGACAAAGCGUUUUAAGAUUUAUGUUUCUAACAGAGUGCAGUUCAUACGUGAUUUAACAAAGAUGGAUCAAUGGAAGUAUGUGCGCUCAGAACACAAUCCCAGUGACGAAGGAAGUAGAGGCAUGACAGCUGCCCAACUUGUCACCAAUCCAAGGUGGUUGAACGGUCCAAAAUUUCUAUGGAACAGCAAAUUUGAACCAAGUAAGGUGGCGGAUGCCAACUAUGAUGACAUAGAGGAUAUACAGUGA